AGCUAAAGUUAUUUUUAUAGUUCCUCAAAUGGCGCUGUCAAGUCGAAUCAGCAUGCACGGCUUUUUUUGUUGGUUGAUUCCAUUUCUCUUUAGUCCACUGUUUUUUUUUUUGAAUCCGUCUUUAAACGGGGGAAUCACGCAACAUGGGUUUAAAAAGAAGAGGAUUUUUUUAAUAAAAAAUGUUUUGUUUCUUAAAAAAAGAAAAUGACUUGAUGGAUGGAAAUAAUGUAGGGUAACGAACCGUUCCACUAGAAAUCUAUUCAAUGGAUUGAUGAUAAGAAUUCCAAAAGCCCACUUUAAAGGAUUAAAAAUUACAAUACACUUAGCAACAUGAUUUGUGGAGGCAAUGGUAUGAAUGAAAACCGCGGCCGUGCAUGGUUACGAGUCGCUUAACGCGUUUCAAAUAAAAGCAAAACGGUUGAAUAGAUAAGUUUCGCAGUUGACUAGUAAAUUACCAAUAGCACGUAUUAUCUUUUUUAGUGCAAAACCAAUGUAAAAGUAGAGGACUGGUAGCCAAAAGUAAGGCUUUGUUUGGUUGCGUCUCUCAAAAACGUGUAAAGCAUUGCAAUAAUUUUUUUUUAUUCAUUUGUUAAAUGCUAUGAAAAAUAACAGCUCAUACAAAAUAACCACGCCUUGCCGAACAACAGGUCAUGGGAUAAUCUUUUACUUUGCGCAUCUUAACAGCGGGCUGAUUUUCAUCCAAUGCGCAUUCAUAAAAAGAAUAGUAUUUGGGGUCAGUCAUGAUGAAUAUCGAAUUUUUACAUUGACGCAUAAAUAUGUCUUGUUCGCCUUAAUUAAAAACAUGAAAGUAUGACAAAAAGAAGCUAAACAUUUUGUAUCGAAACACUUUUAUUAAAGAAUACUAAGAGCGACAGAACACAAUUUUUUGAUUACUUUACAUGCAGUCACUGUUUUCUGGCAUGUUUUUUUUUUUUAUGGUACAAGGUAUAAGAAACCUUUUAAGAACAAAGGAAAUGGUUGUUUUAUGAAAAGAAUUGGAUCCACUUGUUUUUGUUUUUUUCAAUGCGACUUUUACCUCACUAUUUAUUUCUUUUUAUAGGGUGUUUUUUCAGCACGAGUGUUUCUGAGCAAAUUAAGGAAUCACGUCAAUCGUGCUCACUAUUUGAGGAUUCUUUACAAUGUUUAUGUUCCAACUCGUACAAGUCUGUGACAUCCGUCAUGCAAAGCUCGCCCACUGAGAAUAUGGAACAGAUUUGUUCCGAAACAAAAUUCUCCAGGUUACUGAUGGCUUUACAGUUACCUUUACAACAAGCUCACCAUUCAAACAUUGUCAACAACAACGGUAUAGUCAGUGCAUUCAACGGCUAUUACUAUGACGGGAUAUUUAAAUAUGAAGGCUUAACGUAUUUACUUGAAUAUGUUGAGAUGGAUCCGCCUAUGAAAGUGCCUCUUAGCCUAGCCAACUUUCUAAGCUUUCCUUCCUAUCAAAAAAUAUUAACCUUAAUAAAAUCGAUCCAAUAUGAGAGAAACGGAUUUGUUUCUGAAUGGAGGGACUCUAAGAUAGAAGAAUUUGUUUUGACCAUAUCAACAGAAAAUAUUAUGGACAUUAUAUGUCAGGCCAGUCAACUAGCAGCUGAAAUCGGGGAUAUUGGAGUGAAAAUUCAAUGCAAAUUAAAUCGUUUGUUGCAGGUUUUUCUUGUAUGUGGUGGGAAAAGUGAAAUCAGUUUAUUUAAAGAUGUAGUAACAAAGAAGGAUUUGUUAAAAAGCUUAUCUAUUGAGAUAGCUACUCAACCAUAUUGUCAAUUUAAAGCAAACGGUGAUUUUUUGAUUUAUCAGGAAGCUAAAAAUCAAAGUGUUUUUUUUUCUCUUGAGGAUUUAAAUGUUUCAAAAACAAAUCCUCUACCUGCCAUCAUUCCCGAUACUAUUAUAGAAAAAGAGAGAUUUUCUUAUUUACUUUUAUUUACAGCGGCACGUAAAUCAGGUACCUUUACACUGACGUCUUCUCCUCGAAACGAUGCUGUUUCGGAACCUGUAUGCGAUUUUAUUCCAGGAUGGAAAAUGGAAUUUAUUGUUUUUGUUCGUGAAGAAGGUUUUUAUUCAAGUGUUACCAAUGUGUCAUACAUAAAGGAUAAUAGAAUACCACAGCUAUUUGUUUCACGAUUUAUCAAAAAAAACACAACUUCUAUCGACAACACUUGUGAUAUUCUUAUUGUUUCCCGUCCUACUGUUACCAGGCAAGAAUGGUACAAUAAUUUCGUUACCACUUUGACUCCUUUUCUACCCAAUACUCAUCCUGAAUUGAUGGCUCAUAGUGGAUUUGUAAAAGUAGCAAAGGCUGUUGAUGACCAACUUUUCAGCUAUAUAACUCAGCUUUUUCAAAAGGAAUGUUCUUCAAUAAAUGCCCAUUUUACAGGCCACUCUCUUGGUGCUGCAACAGGACAGAUCUUAGCUCUUUUAUUAAGGGAAAGAAUGCAUCCCAAAGAAGUCAAAAUAGAUGGUGUAUUUUUUGCUCCUCCUAACGUUUUUAAUAAAGAAGCAGCUGAGUAUUAUGCCACUGUUAUCAAUUCCCGUAUUAUUACACAUCCACGCGAUCCUGUUACUAUGAUGCCUUGUGAUGAUCAGUGCCUACCAAAAGGGUAUCCUUCUUGCCCAUCAUUUGACAAAAAUCAAGAAAAAUUUGAUCGUACUCUUCGAAAUGUUUUUCAUAAGACUCCUGGUCGUUAUUCGAUUCCCUAUAAAAGUCAAAGAGAGUCCAUUUUAACGUUUGAACAUGUAUCUCAAACAUUGCAUAGCAAUACUAAAUUUAUGAAAAAGUUUCACAUUGAUUCGUACUAUCAAUGGGUUGAGAAUGUUUGUAUCAAAGAAAAUUUCACUUGAUAACCUGUUAAAAAAAAGGCUCAAUGUAGCAUUCGUUAAAUGACAACGGUUUUUUAUUUUCAUUUUAAAAUCACGUAUCGCUUAAUCAAAACAUUCAUUCAACAAGCAACAAAAGUAAUGCGACAAUUCAUUUAGACAAUUUUUAUUCUUCAAAGUAAUACAUUCAUUUUAGUAAAAAAACGAUACUAUAUUUAAUGUGUCUUUCCCUUUCAUAACAAAAAACAAUGUAUUUUUUUUUUUUUAAAUAAAAACAUUUUAUAAAAUAUUUUUUUAAUUAUAAAAAAAAAAUUCAUGUUUUCCUUGACUACAAAAUAACAGUCUUUUACGUUUUUGUAUUGAUUUAAAUCAAGACUUUUGUUUUCCUUUCUGUUAUCCAUCUGCAACUAAACAUCUUUUCCACCACAAAUUCAGUGUUCCUUUUGAAGGGUAACCGAUUUACCUUUAUCCAUCUGUUCCACUCUAUUUUUAGGGUGUUAUUUGAAAAAUAAAAACUGGAACUUUUUUGUGUCUUUCCCAAAACGCCGAGAAUCCCCAAUACUCCUCCAUUAAUGCUUCGCGUAUUGUACGACCAAUAAAAAGAGGUUACAUAAAGUUGACUAGGAAGUUCAUUCAUCUUUUUACGUCAAGCAUUUUCAUCAGCCUUUCAUCCGUAAGCACUUCACAAGGGCUCGAUCCUUGUUCCCUCAGCAACAAGUUAAAAAGGCGCACUGUGAUCUCUGCCAAAAUGUCGCUUGCGGAAGCCAUCUCGAUUUUUAUGCGAACCCUUUAAAAAAAUUGUGUGGAACAAAUUUUUUGUUGCAUUUCCUUUAUUGUUUCAAGUCAUCUCCAUUAACGGUUUAUUUAAAUUAGUUUUUUAUAUCCAUUCCAAAAGAAUCGACGCGAACAAACACAUUUUUGUUCAACCAUUGUAGAGAACAUUUAUGGGCUACUGUAAUUUUUGAAACAAUUAUCUUUUACAUUCAGUAGUUCUCUUUUAAGCUUUUGUAAGAAAAAAAUAAUUCUUUUGCUUCUUUUUUGUGAUAAAAAACAAUCAUGCUACACUUUAAACAAAUCAAACACGCCAUUCUUACACUGCAUUAAUUGAAUAGCAAAAACAUGAAACCUUUUUCAAUGUUCCCAUUAAACAGUCU